AUGAAGAAAGGCUGGCAGUGCUGCUCGUCUAAAAUGGUGUACGAUUGGGACGAUUUUGAGAAGAUCGAGCCAUGCGUUACCGGUCGCCAUUCGGACGUGGGACCGAAUGAAAAGUUUGCCGCAUCACCGACCGUGGCAGCAGCUGAGAAUGCGGCAGCAAACUCGGCUAGUGCUACUGUGCCACCAGCGUCUUCACUUAAGUCAAUUGAAGACUACAAUCAGAAAAACCCGGACGCGGUGACUGCUGUCUCUGCAGCUAAGAGCAGUCAGACAGCUCCACCUCCCAAGCGAACUGAUGGCAAAGCAAACUGCGUCAAUUAUGGAUGCCAGCAAGAGUAUGUAGUAGUUGAGAAUACAGAUACGUCGUGCAAGCAUCAUGCAGGUCCUCCUGUCUUCCACGAUGCCGGCAAAUUUUGGAGCUGUUGUCCAAAGGAUGUUAAGUACGACUUUGAUUCGUUUCUCAAGGUGCCUGGAUGUGUCGUGUCCGCGCACACAGACAUUAAGACAGCGUAG